UAUAUCAUUGUUCAUCACAUUUAGCAAAAGAUCAAAAUCCAGCUUACAGCAUCGAUCAUCCGCCAUUGAUGAUGAUGAUGUUGAAUUUAGAGCUCUAUAGCUCACUUUUCUUGACUCUGUUCCUCUUCGUCUUGUUUCAAUUCAAGUCUAGUUUCACCAACAAUCCUAAGAACCUUCCGAGAUCUUUUCCCUUCAUUGGCUCCAUUUUCGCCAUUAACGCUAACAAGGAACGAGUUGUUCAAUGGACUUCCGAAUUAGCACUGGCUUCGCCGUCGCACACCUUCGUCAUCAACCAUCCCAUCGGCCGACGAGUAGCUUACACCGCAAAUCCAGCUAAUAUCCGUCAUAUCUUAAGAACCCAUUUCAAUAACUACCAAAAAGGCGAAAACUUCCGCAUCGCUGCCGCCGAUUUCCUCGGGGACGGAAUCUUCAACGCCGACGGCGAGAAAUGGAAGUCCCAGAGACUGGUGGCGCUCCACGAAUUCAAUACCAGGUCCCUCAGGAAGUUCAUUGAGCAGGUGGUGGAAACCGAACUCUCCGAUCGUCUCAUCCCCAUCCUCUCCGCCGCCGCCGCCAACAACACCGUCCUCGAUUUCCAGGACAUUCUGCAGCGAUUCACGUUCGACAAUAUCUGUAAGAUCGCCUUCGGAUACGACCCCGCUUACCUAUCUCCUUCUCUCCCGAUAGAGAAAUUCCCUCACGCCUUCGAAGAAGCAGAUCGAAUCACCAACGAGAGACUCCAAUCGUUCCACCCCUGCAUCUGGAGACUAAAGAGAUAUCUCGACGUUGGAUCAGAGAAGGACCUCCGGGUUGCAGUCAAUCAGGUACGAGAUUUCGCGAAACACAUGAUUAAAGAAAAAAACAAGGAAUUGAAAGAGAAUGCGUCGUCGCUGCUCAACUCCGUAGAUCUUCUGUCGAGAUUCUUAAGUUCAGGGCAUUCAGAUGAGAACUUUGUAACGGACAUAGUCAUCAGCUUCAUCUUAGCUGGUCGAGAAACCGCGUCAGCUGCUUUGGUAUGGUUCUUCUGGCUCAUCUCCAAACAUGAAAAUGUGGAACACCAGAUCCUAAGAGAGAUCAUCAGUACAGAGGAAAAUUCCGAUCAAUCGAACAUGUACGAGGAAGUUAAGGAAAUGGUGUACACGCAUGCCGCGUUAAGCGAAAGCAUGAGAUUAUACCCGCCGGUGCCCAUAAACCGUAAGGAGGUAAUGAAUGAUGAUAUUCUUCCGGAUGGGACGGUCGUGAAAAGAGGGAUGUGGGUGAUUUACCUCCCAUUCGCGAUGGGAAGAUCAGAGGAGAUUUGGGGGAAUGAUUGGGCGGAGUUCCGUCCUGAACGGUGGCUCAAGGAAGAUCCGGUCACCGGGGGACGAAAAUUCGUGGCAAAGGAUUCUUUCGAGUAUCCUGUGUUUCAAGCAGGUCCCAGGAUUUGUAUUGGGAAGGAGAUGGGGUUUUUGCAGAUGAAGUCGAUUGCCGCCGGCGUCCUGCGACAGUUCAAGGUGGUUCCGGUGGUGACUGAGGACAACAAAGGCGGGAGGUAUAUAACUCAUCUGACAUCCAAGAUGAAAGGAGGGUUUCCUGUUAGGAUUGAAGAACGCAAGGUUUAGAAUGAGAAAGGAUCGAUCGAUGAAAGAAAGUUACAAUAAUUGGGAAGAAUAUGAAAUUGCUGUGUUUAAUCCACAGCAAAAUAAUGCCCCAUGGUAAACUAAGACCAACACUUCAAAUUUGGUUCCAAUAAAUUUUCCACAUAUGUCAUGCUGCAAAAGAACAGUUAUUUUUUUAAAAAUAAUUACACUUUUGUUUCUC